GCGUGCUAUCACGUUUGUGUUUGCUCGAAUGCCUCUGAAUAUUAUUAUUUGAUAGACCCCGCGACGGCUUCGACUUCACCGUUUGUGCACAUAUAUGCAUGUGUAUACAUGCGACGAUAUUCGGUCGGCAGUAAGUGCGGAUUUUGUAAAAUUUGACGAGGCUUGUUUUUUCCCUGAAUCGACGUUUGUUAAUUAAUUAAAACUUGUGUAAGUUGAGAAAUUAAAAUUUAGCAACCGUAUAAAGAUAACAAAGAAAGUCCAAGCAUAAGUUCCGAUAUAAAUCAUUCGUAUACGUUCAAGUAAAAGUUUGUGCAUCCGAAGUUUGUGGUGGACCGAAUAGUGCAUCCACAAUAUCGACCAAUACGUACAACUGUCUGUACUUUGGUGCGUAUAAAGAGACGAUACCUUGCACCAGCGACGUAUCUCUUUCUCUUUCUAUUUCUGCUACUCGCUUUGUUCUACGCGUCGACGUUAAUUGAUUGAUACGUCUACUUUCUGCCGCCUCCAUAUCCCAGCACCUCAAAUGGUAAAUCUCCCGUGAUGACGGCAUGAGGUCUCCGCGCAGCUGGAAGCUCUCCUUCGAAGGGACGUCGGUCGCCCGCGGUUCAAGGUCAUCGGUUUGCUUCAGAGACAGUCGAAGAGAGGCGCUCGAGAGGUCGGCCGAGGCAAGAGGCGCCCGGGGUGCCUAGGUGGCGAUGCGAUGAGCCCGACGACCGGCGGGCAACCCGUCACCCAAGUUGACCCCCGUUUUUCUAGGACGAGGACACCGCCGGGCCCAUGUCAGCUCGGGCCAUGGAACGCGAGCCGCGCAACGGGACCACCGGCAGUACCGAGAGCGAGGCGAACCUUACGAGCAUCUACUUCUUCGUCGGCGAUCGGUGCGAGGUCGCCUCCUUCGAUCCGGACCGAGUCACGCACAAGGAGAUCAAGGAACUCUUUCGAAGCGCGGCAGAGGCUGGACCUCUGGACAUCGUGAAGCUUCGCCAGGGAGAGAAGCUCUUGAACAUUUCGCCCCACCUCCCAUCGAACACGCCGGAGACUCCGUAUUCGCUGCAGGUGGUCGGGGCUCAUCCUGGGAGCACCGGAAUGCUGGACGCCGACUUGCUCCGCGCCCUCGAGCGCCGGGUUUCCGCCCUGGAACGCGAGCUCAGGGAACACCAGGAGAUCGCCGUUUCGGCGCCGCUUCUGCCGCUCAGGGAGCUCAAAAGGCAGGUCGACGCCUUCAGGAAAAAGCUCGAGACUACCGAGCACCUCAGCUGGCUGGGGUUCUAUAAGCAGCUUCCAGAACCAAUUUCGACCGAGGCGUGUCGAAGACUUCAGUACCGGCGGAAAAGCGAUACGGUCAAACGAACAGUCCGUGAAAAAUUCCUCAACAUCUGCGACGUGUCUGUGUCGUCGAGUGUUCGCCAGUGGCUUCGUUCCCCGGCAUUCGACGCGCGGCAGUGGGAAGACGAGGAGCUGCUCCUGAUGCUCCAGGCUAUGUUCGUCGAGCUUGAUCUUCUCCAAAAAUUUUCCAUACCGCUGGCAACGCUUAGGAACUUCCUCUAUGAAGUGUACAAUAACUACAACGAAGUGCCGUUUCACAACUUCAGGCAUUGCUUCUGCGUUGCUCAAAUGAUGUACGCGAUAGCAUGGGCUGCGAAUCUCCCCUCAAAGAUCGGCGACCUCGAGGUUUUCGUCCUGCUGGUGUCCUGCAUUUGCCACGACCUCGACCACCCCGGCUACAACAACAUUUACCAGAUUAAUGCUCGCACGGAGCUGGCGCUCCGGUACAACGACAUAUCUCCUCUUGAAAACCAUCAUUGUUCGGUCGCCUUUCGCGUCCUCGAAUCACCCGAGUGCAACAUUCUCGCUUCCCUCGACACCGCCACGUUCAGAACCGUUCGCGAGGGCAUCAUACGAUGCAUUCUCGCCACGGACAUGGCCAGACACAACGAGAUACUCGGUCAAUUUAGGGAUAUCACGCCGGAGUUCGAUUACACUAAUAAAAUGCACACCAAUCUAUUGACAAUGGUCCUCAUCAAGGUGGCGGACAUCAGCAACGAGGCGAGGCCGAUGGACGUGGCCGAGCCUUGGCUCGACAGGCUCCUCCAGGAGUUCUUCAAGCAGAGCGACGCUGAAAAGCUCGAGGGACUUCCGGUCACACCGUUCAUGGACCGAGACAAGGUGACCAAGCCUUCUUCCCAGUGCAGUUUUAUCGGGCUGGUCCUUCUUCCGCUCUUCGAGGCCUUGGGAGAACUCCUUCCGGAGCUGCAGGAAUUCAUAGUACGCCCGGUACGAGACGCCCUGGAGUACUACCGUCGAUUGAACGAGGCUGCGAAGGACGAGCGAAUGCACCGCAAGAGCAUAGUGGACCUCGGCGAGUCGAAUACGACCUCGUUAUCGACGUACGUUGUCAAGUCCUCGUCGGCGCAGAGCGUACGUUCGAAAAGGUCCGGAUGCACGCUGAGGUCGAGGUCGCGCUCGAUCGAGGACUCUUCUGAGAAUCUGACGAUCGAGGAGGUCGAGACGGGGGAGAGUUCGGAUCCCGAAACGGCGACGGAGGUCGAGGUCAGCGAGAAGACACUCAAGUUCAAAAUAUCGACGGAAGGCAGCACCGCCGGCAGGAAAAGCUACCCGGGCAGCCGGAAGGGCAGCAGGGAUCGGAGCACCCUUGACUACCACCACCACGACCUCGCCAAGGCCAUGAGAGAGCACGACCGUGACCUUGAGAGGUACGAAGUGCAUCGCGGCAGAGGCGACAACCUCAGUAGCGACAUGAGCUCGCCGGUCAGCGCAAGGUCGUUGGACGACUCGAGGAUCGUCGAGGAACUCGAACGCGACGAAACGGAGAUCCAGGAAGGGAGGGGGAAUGGAAAUGAGAACGGAACCGUCCUUCUGGACGUCACCGCGACCCCCGAGAGCUGCUCGUGCAGCGAGGAGCGCGACAAGUCCACCCCGAACAAUCACAAAUCGCUCCUUUCGAGGCUGCGGACGUUCACCGACAGGCUAAGCAUCAGUUUUGACUCGAGGGAAUCGCCGAGCGUCAAGCAGACCGGGAAGAGUGCCGGGAAGGGCUUGAGCAAGAGCAAUUCUGUAACCGGCACCAGUCCGGCGAGAAACAUCGGGGCGUUCUGCAAGCGGUGCAACCUCACCAAGGUCGAUAAGGUCCUCGAGGAGACGAGGGAGCCUCAGGAAACCAAAGAGACGAAGGAGACGCGGAAGGGAUUGGAGGCGAGUGAAGUUGCCGGGGAGGACAAGCGCGCAAUGACCCUGCCGAAGGCCAGGAAGAACCAGGAGGGAAGGAACAAGGGCUGGAAGACGGUCUUCGCAAAGGACAAACGACCCUCGGUUUCACUCGAAGCGAUACCGGCAACAGACGCUGACGUCGCGCUCGCCAAGCAUAAGAGAAACUUCUCGAACCCGGAGGGGAAGUUGGCAACGGUCAAGACGAGCCCCAAAGAGGAAGAGUGGAGUAAGGAGUUCAACACCGAGUUCAAGGGAAUCGACGGAGCUGUGCGGACCAAACCGGAAAUUGUCCUCAACCCGAGCACCAGUACGAACCUCCUUGACAAGGACAUUGGAAAGGUGGAGAUACGGCGGAGCUCCGCGAGCAUGGAGGACAUAACGAAGAUCACGAUGCAGAACGAGUCGAUAUUCCUUGGGUCUCAGAAGAGCAAGGAUGCGGAGGAGCUUCAGCACACCGGAAGCCUCGACUCAAUGCUCCACAAGGAGACGGACAAGGCCUGCAAGAAGACUCUCGCCUUCUCGUCGCCCGGCACUUCGAAGAAGUACAGUGCCGGUAUAUUCUCACGGUUCAAGUCCGGCAUGAGCAUCGACAGUGCCAGGAGCAACAGCGGUCCUCUCAACGACCAGCAGCAACAGCAGCCCCAGCAGCAGCAGCUUCAAGGAGGCUGGAUAUCUUCACUUGCAGCUAGCUUCAGGCCUAAGAGACAGGGUAGUGAGGCGCAAUUCUCACCCCAGCGUUCCCACUAUCCUAAUCACGACGGAUUCAAGUGAUAGACUGGUAUCAAAUAUUGGUAAAGAUAAACGACAAAUUAAAUUAGGUACGUGUGGUUUUAAUGGUGGGCUGUGUGCCCGAUGCCGUGCGUGGAAUACGUAGGUUUAUCGAUUGAUGAUACAUAUUCGUAUUUCGGUGAAAAUGUUUGGUCACCUUUCGAAGGGAAGAUCAACUUGUAUCGGAUCAUUAUCGCUUUAGCGAUGCAAUCGCACGAUUACAGUUCACCGAGGGUUCACGAACAUACAAUCGAGAGUAUACGCAAUGGCCCUCGACAAAUUUAUUGAUCUUAAGUUGAAAUUCAUGGGAAAACCCGAAUCGGUUAGUUUUAUCGAUUAUAUUUUUUCUCUCUCAUUUCGACUCGUGCUGCUAACCACUCUAGACCAUAUUUCAAAGAGGUUUUCAACUUCGUACCAAAGAUAAAGUGUUUAGAUACAAAACUAUCGAUCAGAGCAUUUCUACGGACAAGCAGAGAGGAAAAAUACUCGAAUCGUAAUCGUAGUUGUAUUUGCCGUCUUGAACAUCGCGAGAAGAUUUUAUUCGAGUGACGUAAGGCGAUAAGUUAACAUCAGAAUGGAAAUCCACAAGGAUCGUACGACUGCUCUUUCAUUCAAAUGGUAAAUUUUUUUUAGAUAUUCUUCCUCCGCUCAACGGUUGGACGUCACCUAUACCUACUUCUUCAAUGACUAUUUUCGUAAUACGUGCUCGAGUCUUUUUGCAGUAGAUAACUAACACAAAGUCUAUUUAAGAAUGACAUUAAAUUUUUCCAAAGAUUAAUUUAAUAGCAAUUCACUGAUAAAUAAAAAGACAGUCAUCUUAAAAUGAAACUCUAUUCAGACAAUUUUUGACUGUGAAGAAAAACCGUAGGAGAAACUGAAUCGUAAUUUAAAAAUUAUCAAGGUAUUCUCGAAAUGCUUAUAACGUCGACGUUGACGAAGAUUAAGAAAAAUACGAGGUUUUGAAUAGAAAUAUCAUGGAUACAUCAAAACGAACUUCGUUUCACACGUCACGUGGCGUUAUGUACGGUUCUUUUGCCUUUAACUUGUCCUCGAACUGAGGGAUUACAUGACGGUUAAUGUCUGGAGAGGUAUCUAAAAAAUAAAUGGUUUUAGCUACCGUUCGAAUGAAUGUUCACUGAAUGUAUUACCUACGUUUUGCAAUCACAAAAACAUACAUACAUGUGUAUCAUGCCUAUAAAUGUGGGAGCGUCGGGAAAUCGAUUUUCACACCAAUAUCGAGGUGCCAUGUAUCCCCUGAAACGGAGAGUGCUUACUUCGCUUAAACGAUGAAAGAUCGAGAGCCGCGGAGAGACUUGGUUCGGUUUAUUUUUCGAUUGACGAAGCAUCCCUCGUAAAUUCAGGGGUCGUGUGCCGCUGCCAAAAAUUUUAAUAUUUCAUUACGGGUCGUUGGAUCAAGUUUUCACUUAAAUGAAGUAUAAUUUGCAAAAAACAAAAAUAAAAAUGGUCAACUUCGAUCUCUCGACGCGAAUGAAUAAUUACAUUGAAUACAAAGAUGAUAAAAAAAAAAAUCGGCCGAAUUCGCCUCGUAAUUUGGGUAUUUAUUAAUUGGCAGAAUAUAGUAUAUUAUAUUAUAUUAUACAUAACACAAUAAUACAUAUAGACUAUUUUAUUUAUUGUCCAAAACCUAUAAUGACGAUUAGCCUAAUUAAUAAUAAUAUUGAUAAUAAUAAUAAUAAUCAUCAUUAAUGUUGUUCGUUAAAUAUGUGUAAAGUAUAAUGAUGUUGCAAAUAUGCAAUGUACACAUCGUAUAGGUACCUGUAUAACGUAUAUCUAUAUACAUACUAUCUAUAUAUGUAUAUAUAUGGUGAUUCGGAAAAAUCUUACACUAGAUGAAAAACUUUCCGAAUUCCAUACCUUGAACCUGACCUAUUAUUCGGAUCAGUUGUACGUAUAAAAAAACCCAUGGCGCACAGUCGAGCUAAAUUCUUGGUUGUUCCUCUCAUCAUUCAGCCCUUAAAUAUAAAAUGUACACGAUAGGAGAUUCAUUUCAUAGAAUUGUCAGUAUUUACAAUUUUAUAUUAAACAUACCUCUCAUUGAAGACAAACAUAUUUUUCCUAAUCAAGGAUUAAAUCUCCUACAAAUUACGUUGUGUGAUAGAAAGUUCGUUACCACUAUAAACUCGACAAUAUUAUGAUCCCUGAUAUUCUUUCAUUGAGUCGAUAUUUUUCUUUCAAAUUUCCGACAAAUAUUUUUACACCGAUUUCAUUGAAUUAAUAAUUACUCACUUAUCGUGGAAAAGAAAAGGAUUGCCAAUUGAGAGAGUAUUAAUACUAUAGUCUAUUCGUUGACGAAUUUCACUUUGAGUAAGGAACGACCUCAUAAAUUACAAUUAAUGCAUUCGCGAGCGAGAAGAAUAGAAUUUCACAAUUGGUACGAGAAAGCACAGAUCCUUCGAAUGACGUGUGAAAAUAGUUUCACUCAUAACGCAUAUCAACUGCAUAUUAAUACUGAGUUGUAAAAUGGUACCGUCAAUCCUUGUGACCUGCAGCCACUCGCAGCAAACCUUAUGCAACAAGAUAUAAUCUGUCAUCAUAUUUCUUUUAGAACCGAUAUUAAUUUAUUACAAUUAUACCCGCUCCCAAAUAUAAAAUACAACUAUCGCUGUGCUUUCGUCUCUUGAUGUUUAUAUUUUUAUACUCUAUAUCGAUGUGUCUUUACGCGCGAUCAAAACGCAUGUAUUGUUGAACUCUAGUCUUACGUUAUUUUCACCCAAAUUAUUAUUUAUUUGGGAUAUGGUUCAAUCGUCAUCAUCAUCAUCAUCAUCAUCAUCAUCAUCAUCAUCAUCAUCAUCAUUAUUACAAACAUCACCGUUCAAUAAUUUAUCGUUUUCAUUAUUGUUUUCAUUACUUUCGUUUAUUUUUGUUGCGUUAAUUAUCAAUUUUAUCAAAUAAAUUAAAUCAUCGUAUAUCUAGAAUUAUGUAUUCUAUCUAUAGGUAUAUAACUGUAACUCUACGUAUAGAUUGACAAAUAAAUUAGACAAAUUCUAAUACAUAUAAUAAUAAAAACUCCGUAAUGUAUAUUAGUGAAUUUUUCUAUAAAAUUUCAAUUAUAAAAUUUUCAGUAAUUUCAUAUUGUUUUAUGCGUCACGUGUGCGAAUCGAUCAUAUCAGGCGAGUGAUGUAAAGUUUAGACGGGUGCAGAAUUGAGCACGAACACGCAUGAAACAAGCCGAGAGAAUUCGUGCUCAUGAUCAGUGUAAACCUGUCGGAAUGAAUUCGAAACGUUGCCUUUGCUUGCCACAUGCAUGUUCGUGUUAUAUAUAUAUAUAUAUAUGUGUACACAUAUUGGGCAAAAAAUAUCGAUUAUUUUUUUUUUCACUUUGUACUCCGAAAACUUGGUUGGUAGAGG